AUGAGAACGUACAAGAGCAAAGGCAAAGCCCGCGCACAAGAUGUUCCCGAAGACCCAAUCGUCACCAGAGAAGACAAGUGGUUCGAUGCGGAGCGGACACGGAUCGAGGAGGAGGACCGGAUGUUGGCGGCGAUGAUGGAGUCCCGCCUGACUGUGCAUUAUGCUAGAAAGGUGGGUGAAAGCUCCAAAGGGACUGUACCGUCCUACUUUGAUCUGUUGGCUGUAGUGAAGAAUGCCCGCGACAAGCCCUCCGGGACUCCCGCGAACAAGCCCGCUACGAAGUCGCCGGCUAAGAUGCCGCCUGCCACGAUGAUGCCCGCUACGAGGCCGCCUGCUACGAGGCCGCCCCCUGCGAAGCCGCAGAAGCGAAAGUGGACAAAGUUCAUCCCCUUCUAG